AUGGCAUCUUACCAUGUUCGCUCCAACAGCUUACCUUCAAGGCCACAUCCAGUCAUUCCUGAAUUCGAUGAGCAACUAUACAGGCUAAGGGCUUCUGAUGCUAGCUCUUCAUCAGCAUCAACCUCAACAAGAUGCAAACUAAAUGGACUUGGAGAUCUGCUUGAGUGUGUUGAAAGGUUGCUUUCACUACCAAACAACCAAAAGGCUUUAUCCCAAGAGCAGCAUGAGAAACAGGUUGAUCAAAUCUUGGAUGGAUCUCUGAGACUCUUGGAUGCAUGCAACAUAGCUAAAGAUGCCUUGUUGCAAACAAAGGAAUCCACACAAGAACUUCAAUCAAUUAUCCGAAGAAAAAGAGGUGGUAACAUUGAGUUGUCAAGUGAGGUUAAGAAAUUCUUAACAUCAAGGAAAGUGGUGAAGAAGGCAAUUCACAAGGCUAUUGAGCAAUUGAAGGGUAUUGCAAACAAUACCUUCAACAAGGACAAUGAGACCAUUGCAAUCGUAAGCAUGUUGAGGGAGGUUCAAGGAAUCACUCUUGCCAUAUUCGAAUCAUUGUUGUCCUUCAUUUCAGGAGCCAAGGCACGAUCAAAGCUCGGUGGAUGGUCAUUUAUUUCCAACAUAAUGUUCCAUAAUAGAGUCGGGGAAGAAUCCCAAUUGAAUGAUUUUGCUAAGGUUGACGUAGCAUUAAACAUUCUUGUGAGUCCAAAAAUGAAGAAAUCUGAUAGCUUGGCCGUAGAGAAUGCACAAAACCAGCUUGCAAAUUUAGAGUUGUGCAUUCAAGAUCUUGAAGAAGGAGUUGAGAGUCUGUUUAGGCGUUUGAUCAAAACCAGAGUUUCCCUUCUCAACAUCCUCAACCACUAG